GCCCGCGCCGCACCACACUUCCUCAAAGAGAAUCACAGUGAAAAAAAGAAGGCGACGAGAAAGAAAGAAAGAACAACUUUGGUCCGUGCGGCGGUGAAGGAAUAACAGACAGUUUGCUGGGCGAGCUGAGUGUCACCAUGCCUCCUUUCUUGAGGAUUGCCUUCAACUCUUUCGACCUGGGUGCUCUGCCCCCUCUGACUGACCCCCCUUUCUGUGCAAUCAAGAUGAAGGAGGCUUUGACCACUGAACGAGGUAAGACUCUAGUUCAGCGGAAACCCACUAUGUAUCCUGCCUGGAAGGCCAGUUUUGAUGCACAUAUCUACGAGGGCCGUGUACUUGAGUUGUUACUGAUGAAGACGGCAGAGGAGCCGCUGGCUGAGGUUACGGUUGGCGUGUCUGUGCUUGCUGAACGCUGCAAGAAAGCCAACGGUCGUGCUGAAUUCUGGGUGGACCUCCAGCCUUCUGGGAAAGUAAUGAUGGCAGUGCAGUACUUUCUGGAGGGAGUGGAGUCAGAGCGCAAGCAGGCUGCAAAAGAAGAAGAAGAAGCCCCAACCCUCAAUCGCAGACGAGGUGCCAUCAAGCAGGCAAAGAUUCACUUCAUCAAGAACCAUGAGUUUAUCGCCAUCUUCUUCAGGCAGCCCACAUUCUGCUCUGUAUGUCGAGAUUUUGUCUGGGGGCUCAACAAGCAAGGCUACAAAUGCAGACAAUGCAAUGCAGCCAUCCACAAGAAAUGCAGAGACAAAAUCAUUGGAAGAUGCACAGGCACAGCUGCGAACAGUCGGGAUACGGUGUUCCAGAAGGAGCGCUUCAACAUCGACAUGCCACAUCGUUUCAAGAGCCACAACUACAUGAGUCCCACCUUCUGUGACCACUGCGGAAGUAUGCUGUGGGGUCUUGUCAAACAGGGCCUGAAAUGUGAAGAUUGUUCCAUGAACGUUCACCACAAGUGUCAGGAUAAAGUGGCCAACCUUUGUGGUAUCAACCAGAAACUUUUAGCUGAAGCACUUACACAAGUCAGCCAGAAAUCCUUCACUCACCGCUCUGAUCCACACCUUGAUCCAAACCUACCUGAUAUUGGAAUCUAUGAUGAGGUUAAUAAGCUGUCUGAGCUGGAUAUCAGUGACUCAACCCAUUAUAACAGAAUAUGGGAAGGCCCAAGUCCGCUGCCUCAGACUCGUCUUACACACCUUACCCGCAUCAACGUGGACGACUUUGUCUUCCACAAGGUCCUGGGGAAAGGCAGCUUUGGCAAGGUUCUAUUGGCAGAACUGAAAGGUCGGGAGGAGUACUUUGCAGUGAAGGCCCUGAAGAAAGAUGUGGUGCUGAUGGAUGAUGAUGUCGAGUGCACUAUGGUGGAGAAGAGAGUCUUGGCUUUAGCCUGGGAUAACCCUUUCCUCACACAUCUUUACUCAACCUUCCAGACUAAGGAACAUCUGUUCUUUGUGAUGGAGUAUUUGAAUGGAGGAGACCUAAUGUUUCAUAUUCAGGAAAAAGGACGAUUUGAUCUCACCAGAGCCACGUUCUACUCUUCUGAGAUCAUUUGCGGCCUUCAGUUCUUGCAUUCCAAAGGGAUCAUCUACAGAGAUCUGAAGUUAGACAAUGUGAUGCUGACUCAUGAGGGACACAUUAAAAUAGCAGACUUUGGCAUGUGCAAGGAGAACGUUUUUGGAGAGAACCGGGCUACAACUUUCUGUGGUACACCUGACUAUAUAGCUCCUGAGAUUUUGCUGGGCCAGAAAUACUCUUUCUCAGUGGACUGGUGGUCGUUUGGCGUGUUGCUGUACGAAAUGCUUGUGGGUCAAUCGCCGUUCCACGGAGAUGAUGAGGACGAGCUGUUUGAGUCCAUUCGGAUGGACACCCCCCACUAUCCUCGCUGGAUCAACAAGGAGGCCAAGGAGCUGCUGGAGCGGUUGUUUGAAAGAGAUCCCACACGUAGGCUAGGGAUCAUGGGUAAUAUCCGAUUACACUCCUUCUUUAAGUCCAUUGACUGGCAAGCCUUGGAGAACAGGGAGGUGGAGCCGCCCUUCAAGCCCAAAGUGAGAGCACCGAAUGAUUGCAGCAACUUUGACCGGGAGUUCCUGAGCGAGAAGCCUCGUCUGUCCCACAGUGACAAGAACUUCAUAGACUCCAUGGACCAGUCGGCAUUUGCUGGCUUUUCUUUCAUGAACCCCAAGAUGGAACUCCUCUUAGAAAAAUAGGUCUUAAAUGAACAGUGAGACGAGGUUUACAAACCCCGGUUUAGGUACAGUUCACUUAUUAUAUCACAUGGUUAAACCUGCCAAGGCGCUGGUCAACCAGCAGUAUUUGCGUUACCUUAGUUUAAGCACACAUUACUCUCCUUGGGUAAAAGUAGAUAUUUUUAGAUCAUUUGGAGGUACUUUAUAAUAUAAGCCUAUUGUGUUUGUGUACAUGCGUCUAGCUAUCGUGUAGCCUAUAAGAAAUAAUAAUAAUAAUAAUAGGUGGUAGAUUGAAAACUCAUACAUUCCAUUUUAUAUCACUAUUGCCAUCUUUUGUGUUUUUUAUUGUAGUAAUCAGUUCAAACCAGCAAAUGAUUACAGUACAUAGAUCUCAAGCCAACCUCUGUGUAUGCACCUUGAAUUGUGGAUUUUAAUUAUUGUUGUUACUAACCUGUACUGGAUAGCCGUCUUUCUAAUGAACAUGUACUGUAAGUGACCCACCAAUUUUCCAAAGCAGGGGUGAGGAGCCUUUUUGGCCUGUGGGUCAUAUUCAAGAGCAUUUGUUCUGGCCUUUCAUGCCAUAUUCUAAAAACAAAUAAAACCUCAGAGGAACUGUUGUAAAAAAAUAAUUGAACCAAUAAUGUUCAAAAUAUAUGAUACUAAAUGAUUGUUUAAUCUCACUGGUACUUUGUAUUCACACGAGCACAAAGUUAAUGAAUGUUGCUCAAUUUAACGACAUGAAUGGAUGGAAGUAGCUGAAAUUUUGUAUAUAGACAGCGUAUAUUGAUGUAACGUAUAUGGUACGUU